UCUCUGUCGGGCGAAUCCGCCCUCGACUCGUCCGCGAGCCGCCGUUCUCCGAGUCGGGGGUGCCUGGUCGCGAGGUAAAAGGGUUUCUCCGCGCGAGCCGCAAGCUCCGGCAGUGAACUUCCGACGACGAGAGAGCCAGUCAUUAACGUUGGCGACCGGUCGCUUUGCAUUUUCGACCGAGCGUGCCGUGAGCUUCCUGGGUGCCGUGAAACAAUCCCCCCGCGGCUUGAAGCUUUUUGCUGCAAGUCGGGGUACGUCGUUGCGAUCGAUUGACCGGCAACAGUCGAUCGGUAGCUAGAGCCUCGACAUCAUGGGUAAGGAGAAGAUCCACAUAAACAUCGUCGUGAUCGGCCACGUCGAUUCGGGCAAGUCCACGACGACCGGCCACCUGAUCUACAAAUGCGGCGGUAUCGACAAGCGGACGAUCGAGAAGUUCGAGAAGGAGGCGCAGGAGAUGGGCAAGGGCUCGUUCAAGUACGCCUGGGUGUUGGACAAGCUCAAGGCGGAGCGCGAGCGCGGCAUCACCAUCGACAUCGCCCUGUGGAAAUUCGAGACGGCCAAGUACUACGUCACCAUCAUCGACGCGCCCGGUCACCGUGACUUUAUCAAGAACAUGAUCACCGGCACCAGCCAGGCCGACUGCGCGGUGCUGAUCGUCGCGGCCGGUAUCGGCGAGUUCGAGGCCGGUAUCUCGAAAAACGGACAGACCCGCGAGCACGCCCUGCUCGCCUUCACCCUGGGCGUGAAGCAGCUGAUAGUCGGCGUCAACAAGAUGGACAUGACCGAUCCGCCGUACUCGGAAACGCGCUUCGAGGAGAUUAAGAAGGAGGUGUCCUCUUAUAUCAAGAAGAUCGGCUACAACACCGCCUCGGUCGCCUUCGUGCCGAUCUCCGGCUGGCACGGCGACAACAUGCUCGAGCCGUCCCCGAAGACACCCUGGUACAAGGGCUGGAAGGUGGAGCGCAAGGACGGCAAUGCCGACGGCAAGACGCUCAUCGAGGCGCUCGACGCCAUCCUGCCGCCGUCCAGGCCCACCGACAAGGCCCUGCGGCUGCCGCUUCAGGAUGUCUACAAGAUUGGCGGUAUUGGAACGGUGCCUGUCGGCCGCGUGGAGACUGGUAUCUUAAAGCCAGGUAUGUUGGUGACUUUCGCGCCGGCGGCUCUCACCACCGAGGUGAAAUCUGUCGAGAUGCAUCACGAGGCACUGACGGAAGCCCUGCCCGGCGACAACGUUGGCUUCAACGUGAAAAACAUCUCGGUGAAGGAGCUGAGGCGCGGUUACGUCGCCGGCGACUCCAAGAAUCAGCCGCCGCGCGGCGCCGCCGACUUCACCGCCCAGGUCAUCGUUCUGAAUCACCCGGGACAGAUCAGCAACGGCUACACGCCGGUGCUCGAUUGUCACACCGCUCACAUCGCCUGCAAGUUCGCUGAGAUCAAGGAGAAAUGCGACCGCCGUACUGGCAAGACCACCGAGGAGAACCCGAAGAGCAUAAAGAGCGGCGACGCCGCCAUCGUGAUGCUGCAGCCGACCAAGCCGAUGUGCGUCGAGGCCUUCCAGGAGUUCCCGCCCCUGGGCCGCUUCGCCGUCCGCGACAUGCGUCAAACCGUCGCCGUGGGUGUUAUCAAGAGUGUCACCUUCAAAGACACCCAGGGCAAGGUAACAAAGGCCGCGGAGAAAGCCCAGAAGAAAAAGUAACCAUCAAGCUUCCUCGGAAGCUCGCAGUCCGCCGGCAGGUGCCAUGUGGAAGCAGGCGUCCCCGUGCAGCAGCCGCAGCCGCAGCAGCAGCAGCAGGGACCCACCGUCAGGAUGCAGCAUGCCACCGCGGUGGCUGCCCCGCUCGACUCGUACUCGUCGACUAAUACCAAAAGUCAUAAGAUGUUGUGCUUACCCCCGUUACAUUAUCCGGUAGUGUUGAACCCGCGCAUCUAUCCGAACCUGCACAUUCAGUUCACCCAUGCCCCGCGCACGCCUCACAUAUGCUAGGGGGAGCGUUGCCCCGCGUCUUACCGCGUUUAUCAUUAAUUAACUCGAUAUUGACGAUAUGUGUACGGUAUUUUACCAGGUACUCAGUUCCCUUGGACUCUGUGUAGUUAGGUUUUUCAAUUGAAUACAACACCGAGCAUCAGCAAACAACCAAAUCGGGGGGGUGUCGCGGAGACAGCCGCGCUCGGGAUCCUCCCCCCGCUCUCGCGAGAGGAGCUGAGCGAGACAGCGGGUGCAUUGCCUUUUCCCCCGUCGGAGCAGCGACGGGGGGAGUGCUUUAAGCCGCGUCGUCGUGAUCGGCGACGUCGAGGCGAGCGCGCCGCUGGCUCGCAUACCCAGCAAGACGUCUCUCGAUUCUUUUCGAAGGGUUCAUUAAGGCUGAUUUGUUCCGAGACUUGGUUGCCUCGCUCUCUGUGCUAUUAGUUUUUAUUAUACUUAUAAGAUAUUUAUCUACCUAGUUAUAUAGGGAUCAUUAGACUAUGCUCCCUCUCUCUCUUGUCGUCGGCAAGUCGCCGGCUGCCUCUCCCCUCUCGAGGAGGGAGAACGAAAUCGUCUCCUUAAAGAGGAUGAGACAUCCGUCGCGAGUCGCUCAUGUUGAUCUCGGCGCUGUCCCUCCCGCUGACCAUAGACGCGUUCUAUGACAUUGUUUUGACCCUUAGCCAGUAUUACGUUGAUGUAAUAAAAAAAAGUCUUUAAUUGCA